AUGGAUGAGACACGAUUUGAAGAGGACGACUACGAGGGAGCAGCCAACAAAAAAUACACGUUCUUCGUGAUUGAUGGAAGUUCGGCGAUGUUCGAGACCUCGAAACCCGGAGAAGAAUCAGAGUUCAAGACUGCGUUGAAGCUGAUGCUCGAUGAAAUGGUCCGUGUGUGUUGCUCCAGAAGUCUGAACAACCACAUCGGUGUAAUUGUAACAGGAACAAAAAACUCGGAAACAGAAGGAAUCGAGAACAGCACCAUUCUAGUGCCGAUGGGUGUUCUUGGACAGGAAGAAGUCAAUACAAUCAAAGAGAUUAUUGAUGAAGAGGAUCUUCUGUCUGCUGUUACCAAUAUCACUGGGGGCCAUCACGAAUCCGACCUGUCGAAUGUUCUCAACUACUGCAAACGUGUGUUCGCCAGUUGCCCAAACACACGACACCAAUCUGUCAUUUAUCUGACGAACAAUCGUAACCCAUUUGGACGAGAUAAUUUCUGGGAAUCGUCGUAUUUCAACCGUACCAAAACCGCUGUCAAGAAAAUAAUCGGUUUAGGUCAACGCAAAACGCUCGGAGAGUUUUCGGUGAUAAUUCUGCCGGAGGAUGGAUACAAACCACAGGAGAAGGAAGAGAAAAAGAAAGAGCCAUGGUAUCACCUAGACACUGAAGUGUUCAGUACUGAAUGCGAUGCUGCAGCGCGUAUCCGUCAGAAGAUCACAGCUCAACGUUCACACGCAACUCUCACAGUAAACGUUGGUCCUGGUGUCACCUUUGAUGUUUCUGUGUUCUCCAUGGUGAUGGAAGCGAAACCCCUGGAUCACAGUCAAAAGUACACCGCCGAUACCGAAGAGAAAAUCGUGAAAACUGCUGGAUAUGUCACGAAGAAGGCGAAAUUGGAGGUUGAAGAAGGUGUUGGCGGCGAUUAUGAAACCCAGGGAACAUCAGCCAUUGUAGAUGAAACUGAAAGAACAUUGCAGAAGUGUAAACUCAUCCAAGAGGAAGCGGUUCGGAAUCGGCGAGACCUCAAAAAAUCGAUUGUUUUGGGUGGAGAGAAGAUCAUUUUGGACGGAGAACAGUUUGCAUUCAUGAAUAAAAUGGAAUCCAAGGGAGUGGAUGUCAUCGGAUUUGUCCCACUGAACAGAGUUGAUCGAGAAGUUGCCUUCUCUUCGAAAAUCAUUCAACCCAAUGAUCAAACCACAUUGGGUAGUACCAAUAUGUAUCGUACAUUGUUGGAUCGAUGCUGGGCACGACAACAAGCGAUGGUUGCCAAAUACCAGAGUAGAGUGGGACAAAAGAUGAGAAUUGUUGCAUUGGUUCCAUUCAAAAAGGAUAUGACGCUCAUAGAACCCAGUAAUCUUGGAGAGGAUGACGAGGAGAUGGAAGACAAGAAACCCGACUUGCUUCGCCUAGAACAACAACGUGCUCAAGUUGACUCAUCGGAAUGGCUCCACGAAGGUUUCAUGCUCGUCGGUCUCCCAUUCCGCGAAGAGCUUCGCGACGAUUUCCACCGUUUCGAAGAGCAGCAAACUGCUUUGACUGAAGAAUCGACUGAGCAAGAAGUCAACGCGAUGAAACAGUUUGUGAAGAAGUUGACGAUGAGCUACAAUCCGAGCUUCUAUGAGAAUCCACGUCUACUAUCGGAAAGAUCAGCACUUUGUUUGGAGGCAACUGGAGAAGAACUUAUUGAGAGAAAGGAUACAGUUGAGCCAUACUAUCAAAUACCGAAUCGUCUUCAAAGAGUUGGUGCCCAAAUCGAGAGCAUUGUAGAGACAUUUGCGUUGAAUGAAGACAAGAAAGAAGAGAAACCAAAAGGAGCGAGCAGAAAGCGAAAAACUGACGAUGGAGAUGGCUCGAGUGCCAAGAAAACAAUGACUAUUCGAGAAUGUAUUGCUGCUGAGCAGAUGUCAAAUUUCAAGAAGGAUGAGCUUGUCGCGAUGGCUGUGGAACACUGUGAAGCUCAGAAAUCCAUAAAGAGCAAGACCAAGAAUGAUGUCAUCAGUCUAAUUGAGACCUAUUUGAACAAUAACCCAUCUACUACCUGGAAUAUCUAA